ACUACUUAACCAAACACACUUGAAUGAGGCAAUUCGUCAGUUAGACAGACAGUCACUUUGUCAUAAUGACAACAGUUAGGCAACCAAAGUAAAGUACUUAAUACUUAUUGUAGCAACAAAAUAAACAAAAUACUUUUGCUUGCAUACGACUAAUCGUACGUACUACCACAACAACAAUAACAGCAACAACUAAAUAUAAUGCGAGUAAAAACAACAAUAUCAACAGUAGCAACAGCAAAAACGAAAUCAAAUCAAACGACAAAACUCGACACAAAAAGUUAGUAUGUAUGAUUUUUUGUGAGUAUAUUAUUUGCUUGUUUUGGAGACGACUUAAAAAUAACAACGACAACAACAACGUCAACAUCCACAUUAACAACAACAACAACAACCACUGCUGAGACGACAAUGGCAAUGACGUUGGAGCAUGCCACACAUACUAAGGCCAGCAGCUAGCUAGCUAGCAAACAAGCAGUCAACCAGCCAAAUAACAAAACAACGACCAAACUGCCAGUUUGCCAACCAGCCAGCCAGCAAUCCAGCCAGCCACAACAACCGCAGUCGUACCAGUUGUGGCUGCAGCAGCAGUAGCAGCGGCAGCAGCAACGGUGGCGGUGUGUUAAAAAAACAUAUGAAAUUAGUACAUUUCGUGAUUUCAACGGUGAACGACGCAACGGUAUGUAUGUUCGCGAUCGAAUGUGUUUAAUAAUCAAGUUGCGGCUGCUGCAAAACCAAUAACAACAUCUCUCCAACAACCAAAAAGAAAAAAACAAACGAAACAAAAAAAUCAAAACCCGUAAUACAACACCACUAAACGUAACCACCACCAACCAGCACCACUAAGAUCGCCAAACCAGUUAAGAUCAACCAAAAAUACAUUUUUUGGCAAAAACCAAAUCGAACUCCAACAAAAAAACACACAACACUACAUAUUUAUUACACGGCCAGCAUACACACACGCACGCCCAAACACACACACACAUACAUCCACGUUGUUGUAGUAGCAUCGUGUUGUUGUCAUUGAUAUUAGUUGUAGUCGCAAACAAGCAAUCGAAGAAGAAGAAGGUGAAGGAGGAACAAGGAAAACACAACAAGACAAAAAAAGAAAAACACUUGUUUAAAAAUAACCUGUUGCUCUUAUGAUCACAUACCACAAACAGCCAAACCAAUAACAGCAAUAUCGUGGACUACAUUCAGUUAGUCGUACCCCUUCCUCGGUCCCACACCCUUCCCCAGUACCAACACCACAACAACACAUUCCUCUCAUCUGGACUCUCUAGGACAGCUUCAAACUGUCGUCGCCACAUGAUCAAAAACUGCGUCGCAAGCGGGGGAAGAGUAUUAUGAUGAACACUGCAACAAUGUAUAACAAAGGCAACAGUUUGACCAAUAAUAACAACAACAACAGCACCUCAAACCUAAAUAUAAGCAUCAACAACAAUGGCACUACCUCGUCCAGCACAGCUAACAAUGCUAGUGGAGGAGGAGGUUCAUCAACGACCACAGAUCGUAUUGAAUGGUCACGUGCCACAAUACUGGAUUUCAUAGAAGACUAUCGGCGACAACGUGUUCUCUGGGAUCCCAAUACCAAGGGCUACCACAUUAAGCAAACCAAAUACGAGGCCCUCAAGUUGUUGGGGCAAAAGUAUGGUGCCGAAAUACGUUCAAUACGUUCGAAAAUCAAAAGUUUACGUUCCUCAUUCCAUCGUGAACAUGGCAAAGUACUCAAUGGCAGACGCAAGGGGCUCAAUUAUCAGCCAAUGUGGUUUGCAUACGAUGCCAUACGUUUCAUAUUGGACGGUGAGUCGGGAGACUCGGACGAGGCAGAGGUACAGAAAAACGAUUCAAAUAGAGAGACAACAUUGUCGGAGCCAAACAAUAAUAACAACAACAACAUCAGCAACCUUAGUAUCGAUGAGGAACUAAUGGAGGAGCGUAAAAUUUCUAGUCGUGACAUUGAACACUUCAACAAUCAUUUCUUGGCUUUAGGCUUACAAGCUCGCCAUCCUAUGGCCGUGAUAGCAGCAGUUGAAGCUGCUGCCGCUGCCUCUGCUGCUCAAGAGAGACGACGAGACGAGCAAAAGUAUGCUGCUAUCAAGCAGCAAGAGAUAGACUCUGCUACUCAACUUAAGCUGCUGGAAUUAUCAACAAAUGCAACAACUACAACAACAGCCAAUACAAAUACCAAUAACUCUAUGAACCUCACCUCCACUUCUGCAACGUUUAACCCAAUUUCGAAACCUUUUAACAGUCCAAAACCAUCAUCGCCAAUAGCCACCAAUAAUACUAAUAGCAACAACAAUAGUAGUGUCCCAAUAACAACAGCAACAUUAUCAAAUACAAAUGCAACAACAACACCGCACCAACUGUUGCCACCUCCGUCCUCGACUAGUACGUGCUCUCCGGAAAGUUUAAAUGUUUUACAUGGAUCACGUAGCUUAGAUGAAAAUUCUGCCUCUGCUUUAGCUGCUGCGACUGCAAUUCCUAGUCUUUCGAUAACGGCUGUGGCACGUAACUCUGAUUUCGAUGGCAGUGAAUACUGUAACAUUAGUGCAGAAGAUGUUAAAACUGAAAUUUUUGAAAGUGAUUCGACUGAUUUAGCAAUGCUUGAGAGCACACGCACUUCCACCCCAGUACCACUGAAUUAUCAUAAAAAUGCCACUGACUUGACAAUGAACAGAAGCAACACCAACGCCAACAAUAGCGGCAACAAUCCAGGAGGCACUGGCACAGUCGGUAGUCGCAAACGUAAGGCACAAAUGCAUUCAAACGUAAAUCACAAUGAGGAUGCACCAUCACCUUCUAAAUUAAAUCAAAAACAACAGCAACAUUCCAAUGCCAUACACUCCAGACAAUGUGAUUAUUUAAAUAGCAACAACAAUCAAAGUCCUGACGAUAACGCUGCUGCUCCUGAUGAUGAUGACGGCGACGACGAUGAAGAUGAUGGAGCUGGUUACUCCACCUCUUUCUCCCACCUGCAAACUACACUGCUCAACAGUAAUAGCAACAACGGCAACAACAACCCAACGACCAGCAACAAUGGCAAGACAAACAACUGCAGCAACAAUCCCAUCGAUGAGUAUGGAGUGUUCGGUGAAUAUGUGGCCAUAACAAUACGUAAACUUAAAACGUCCAAAGCAAAAAUUGUUGUUAAACAUUUAAUCAAUAAUCUUCUGUACGAAGCCGAAAUGGGUAAAUAUGAUCAGGGCAUAUCCUCAUGCAAAGAACCACCAGAACUCUAUAAAAUGUGAUACUGUAUAAAAAUAAAACAACAAAA